UUUUUUAUAAAUUGUUCAUUAGAAUCAACUUUAAUUUAACUAAUUCGGUAACUCAACUGUUAAUAAAUAAUCAUGGAUGAUGAAGUUGCUGCUCUCGUUGUAGAUAAUGGAUCAGGAAUGUGCAAAGCCGGUUUUGCCGGUGACGACGCCCCAAGGGCCGUUUUCCCAUCAAUUGUAGGACGACCAAGACAUCAGGGCGUCAUGGUUGGAAUGGGACAAAAAGACAGCUACGUUGGCGAUGAAGCUCAGAGCAAAAGAGGUAUCUUGACGUUGAAAUACCCAAUCGAGCACGGAAUCGUGACCAACUGGGAUGACAUGGAAAAGAUUUGGCAUCACACCUUCUACAAUGAGCUUCGUGUCGCUCCCGAGGAACACCCAGUUCUUCUUACAGAAGCCCCAUUGAAUCCAAAAGCGAACCGUGAAAAGAUGACCCAAAUUAUGUUCGAAACCUUCAAUACUCCAGCAAUGUAUGUAAAUAUUCAAGCGGUGUUGUCUCUCUACGCAUCUGGAAGAACUACAGGUAUUGUCAUGGAUUCCGGCGAUGGCGUUUCCCACACUGUUCCGAUCUAUGAAGGUUACGCCCUUCCACAUGCUAUCUUCCGUUUGGACCUGGCUGGGCGUGAUUUAACAGAUUACCUCAUGAAAAUCUUGACUGAGCGUGGGUACUCAUUCACAACAACAGCUGAACGGGAAAUCGUACGUGACAUCAAAGAAAAACUGUGCUAUGUUGGUCUCGACUUCGACAACGAGAUGGAAACAGCUGCCAGUUCUAGCUCUCUUGAAAAGAGCUACGAGCUGCCCGAUGGACAGGUCAUCACCAUCGGAAACGAGAGAUUCAGAUGCCCAGAGGCCAUGUUCCAACCAUCUUUCUUGGGAAUGGAAUCUGCUGGAAUUCACGAAACCACAUACAACUCCAUCAUGAAAUGUGAUGUCGAUAUUCGUAAGGACUUGUACGCAAAUACCGUCUUGUCAGGCGGAACCACCAUGUACCCUGGUAUCGCCGAUCGUAUGCAGAAAGAAAUAUCUAGUCUUGCGCCACCAACCAUGAAGAUCAAGAUCAUUGCCCCGCCUGAAAGAAAAUAUUCUGUAUGGAUCGGAGGAUCUAUCCUUGCUUCGCUUUCGACCUUCCAGCAGAUGUGGAUCUCCAAACAAGAAUACGAUGAAUCUGGCCCUUCGAUUGUACAUAGAAAAUGUUUCUAAGUGUUUAUUUUUAUUUCUAUUGCUAGUAUCAGUCCCACUUUGACCCUAUGCGGAUGUCAUAAGUACAUCUGCGACAAAUGUAAAUGCGCUGUUAUGCAAUUCGAAUAAACAUUAGACGCAUUCCUACGGUAUCAUUCCACCAGAUCGAUUCUGUGUAACUCUGCUGACACACAACUAAAUAUAUACAUUACACAUUA